AUGGCGGACGAUGACAACAAAACUACACGUGCGGAGAAUAGAAACAGGCAGAAGACUCGUGCAGUGGAGGCAGAAGACCGACUUACAGUCCCUAAGGGAUGGAAGGAACCAGCUUUUACCAAGGAAGAUAAUCCGCAGGGACUGCUAGCUGAGAGCUCAUUUGCCACAUUGUUUCCCAAGUAUAGGGAAAAAUAUCUCAAAGAAUGUUGGCCCUUGGUGAAAAAAGCUCUGAGCGAAUAUAACAUCAAAGCAGAGUUGGACCUGGUGGAGGGAAGUAUGACAGUGUCCACUAUGAGAAAGACCUGGGACCCCUACAUCAUUGUCAAGGCUAGGGAUCUGAUCAAAUUGUUAGCGAGGAGUGUUCCUUAUGAACAGGCAUGUAAAAUUUUGGAAGAUGACGUAGCUUGUGAUAUUAUCAAAGUGGGAUCCCUGGUUCGGAAUCGGGAACGCUUUGUCAAAAGACGACAACGUUUGAUUGGUCCAAAUGGCUCAACACUGAAGGCAAUCGAGCUACUGACCAGUUGCUAUGUAUUAGUUCAAGGUAACACAGUGUCUGCUCUGGGGCCUUACAGGGGCUUAAAAGAGGUAAGGCGGAUAGUAGAAGAUACCAUGAAGAACAUACACCCUGUAUAUAAUAUUAAGACACUCAUGAUAAAACAUGAACUGGCCAAAGAUGAGGCUUUAAGGAAUGAGUCUUGGGACAGAUUUCUGCCAAAUUUUAAGUCUAAAAACAUCAGCAAGAGGAAACAGCCAUUGAAGAAGAAAAUGAAAAAGGCUUACACACCUUUUCCUCCUCCACAGCCUGAGAGCAAGGUGGAUAAAGAGCUGGCUUCUGGGGAAUAUUUCUUGAAAGAUGCUCAGAAGCGAGCUCGAAAACACUCGGAGAAAAAAGAAAAGCAGAAAGAAGCCGUACAAAAAAGCCAGCAGAAGCGUCAAAGGUCAUUCAUUGCCCCAGAGGAAGGUCAGCCCAAACAGAAAAAACAGAAACCAUCAGAAGAGAAAGUUGAUGUUGAGGCACUCAAGAAAAAAAUAAAGAAAGCUCAGAGGAAGGGCUCGAGCAUGAAAAGGUGAAUGAAAACCCAGCACAAAAACCCAUCCUGAUUGGACAAUCCAGGCCUUGCGAGGCGUGUCAUUGGCUUGGCAGACUGUCACUCUCAGGAUUACACGACAGUAUCAUACCGCCAGAAGGCAUCCUGAUUGGACCAUCCAGGCCUUGCGAGGUGUGUCAUUGGCUUGACAGACUGUCACUCAGAGCUUACACAACACUGCUAUUACACCAGAAAGAUCCUGAUUGAACUAUCCAGACCUUAUGAGGCAUGUCACUUGACUGACAGACUAUCACCCACAGUUUUAGACAACACUGCCAGAAAGGGUCCUCGACGUCUGACUAUGGACAUGCGUGUACUGGCAGAUUCAGCCAUAACCGACUCGUGUUGAGACUGUAAGCAAUGGCGUUUGGAGUUAAAAUAAACAGUUUUGCAUGACAUGUUGAUUUGGUUUCAGAAGAAGACUAUACUUCAUUUGGGACCAUUGGACAAAAUGUAAUAUAUAAAUAUCACAAGCACUUUAUUACCCACAGCCACUGUGGUAUAUCUGUAAACUCUAUGUACAUUGUAUGGCUUCUUGGUACAGUGACCUAAUGAUAUCAAGGAUACCAGGUCGUGUUGUCUACAUGACCACGCGCUAUUUCUCAAGUCAGUCACGGGGUUACCCUAUCCUGAUAGCCAUGACAAUGAAUAGCUUCACAGAGCCUAACUAAAAUGUUAAAUAUUGGUAUAAAGCUAGUGGAUAUGAAACGAAGACGUAAUAAAAACAAAAC